AAGAGCUGAAUUCUACAUGUUAUAACAGAUAGCAUUUGAAUGGUAAAAGAUAAUGGGAUGGCAUAAUACCAUGUUUAUAGUCUAUAAUAUCGCUGUUGAAAAAAUCACUGGAAGAUUGAUUCAACCUGCAUCUCUCAAGGAGAAUCACCUUCCACCUCAAGUGCAAAUAUAGGUGGGAGAAUUUAUUACAUUGUACACCAGUUCUGGCUCUACUACCUUUGAAUCUGUGAUUAGAUGAGAUUGGUUGCAGAACAUCUCCAACAGCAUCGAGGAACGGUAGUCCAUCAUUCAAAGAGUGCUUCUCUGGUUGGAAUCCUUUAUCCUUUACACUAGCAGAAUGAAAUUUAACACAGCACAUUGUUCAGCAAUUAUUUUGUUCCUAUCACUCGUUUGUGUGGAGAGUUUGUUUCUUCCUGGAAAAGAUGCAUUCAUUUCUUCAUCGACCGAUAACAGAAACGAAGAUGGAUCAUAUAAUUUCGGUUUCAAGACAUCACAAGGAAUUGAGAGAGAAGAGAUGGGCUUUUUCAACGAAUUGGGCAAAUGGGUGGUGAAAGGAGUUGUAUCUUGGAUUGCUCCAGAUAAUAAAAUAUACGGCUACAAGUACGAAGCUGAUGAGAAUGGAUAUCAACAAUUUGAUAUGCCACCAGAGGAUGGAGAUAACAGAAUCGACGCAAAAUCUAAGAAAGGUUUACUUGGAGGGGCACUCUAAAUAUAUCAAAAAUAAUCUUAAUACUUUUAUAUCAGUAUUAAGAAUUUAAUUCGAAAAUUUCUUCUCCUGUACCGUACUACUUGAUAUUUUUAAAGUUCAAUCUUCAUUCAAUGUUCAAAUUUCAAUGUUCACGUCAUUAUCUGAAAUCAACUCUUGAUCUCAAUUUUUACCUUUUUGUAAAUUUUAUAGAUGACAUUUGUAUAUAUACUGUAUAAUGAAAAUAUGAAUAAAAAUUGAGUGAGUUUUA